AUGGACUCCAACGAAGCUGAGCUCUCUUUUCUUUCUCCUUCCCUCUCCCCAACCAGCAGAUGGUGGUCGGAGGACACAGUAGCCAUAGUUACUGGUGCAAACAAGGGCAUUGGGUUUGCGCUUGUGAAGAGGAUGGCGGAGUUAGGUGUGACGGUCAUAUUAACAGCCCGAGACAUUGAAAGGGGUUGCAAAGCUGUGGAGGCUCUGAGAGCCCAAGGUCUUUACAAUGUAGCCUUCUCUUGCCUCGAUGUAUCGGACCCUUCUUCAAUCAGAGCAUUCGCAUCCUGGUUCAGAAAAAGCUAUGCAGCCUUGGAUAUUCUUGUAAACAACGCAGCUGUGUCGUUUAAUGAUCUCAAUGAAAACUCGGUAGAACAUGCGGAGACAGUGAUGAAAACCAAUUUCUAUGGACCCAAAUUGCUGACUGAGGCCCUCUUGCCCAUGUUUCGUAGCUCUUCCUCCAUAAGUCGGAUUCUUAACGUUAGCUCCAGACUUGGCUCACUAAAUCAGCUAAGAAACCCUAGCAUAAAACAAGUUAUGAAAAGCGAAAGACUAUCGGAAGAGGAGAUUGAAGGGGUGGUUAAUUUGUUUCUCAACGACGUGAAGAGCGGCGCAUGGAAGAGUAAAGGGUGGCCGAAAUUAUGGACCGACUAUGCUGUGUCAAAGCUUGCACUCAACGCAUAUACAAGAGUUUUGGCAAAGCGAUAUGAGGGAAGGGGUUUGAGUGUGAAUAGCUUCUGUCCAGGCUUCACACAGACAUCUAUGACUCAUUGUAAGGGAGACCACACCGCAGAUGAUGCCGCGGGUAUUGCUGCUAGGCUGGCCUUGCUUCCUUCUCACCAGAUUUCAUCUGGAAAAUUUUUCUUCUGGGGUAGUAGUAAUGCUAUAUCCUCUAAAUUAUAGGUUUAGUGAUUGCAUUUGGAGUUAGAUUUAGUUUUUUGGCCACCAGGGCAUAAUGAAGUGGGCAAUCUUUAGAGAGGGAGAGCCUCUAAUUAAUUUUUUCUGUUAAAGAUACUUUGGGUAGGACUAUAUGCACGCUAAAUGUGGGAAGAGAAACCAAGAAAAUUUAGUAGGCGACCAUCACUUGUUUGAUCGGGCGUAUUUAUAUCUUUGUGAG